CUUUUCACCGUCGGAUAUAAAUAGUGAGAUUUUGAAAUAGUUUCUUUUUUAUCUCAAAUUUCGAAGAAAAAAGUUCAAGAAAAAGAAUGCAGCGACGGCCAUGUUCACCGGGAUUAUCGCCGGUUGAGCUAGAAGACUGCCUAGAAGAGCUGCUCAAGUUCACUCUCCAAUCUCACAUCAAUGGGACCCUAGACGUAGACCAUGAUCUAGGGUUUCCUACAGACUUCUCUUCUCACCUCCUCAAUCAUAAUGACCGUCCUGAUGUUUCCAGAUUGUAUAAGGACCUAGUAUCUGCUCUUUUGAAGUCAGUUUCCGAAGCAUCGUGUGGGUCACUAGAUGACUUGGAGGACAAAGAAGAAUGUAAUGAGAUUGCUGAAGGACGAGCUGAAUUAGUAAAUGCAAGUGCUUUUACUCAUAUCAUUGAUUGA